AUGACAAAUUUCAACAUCGACGUCGUUUCCGACGCCAUAUGUCCAUGGUGCUACCUCGGCAAGAAAAGACUGGAACGCGCCAUUGAGACAUAUAAGAAUGACAUAGCUGGCGGGGCCAAUGAUACCUUCACCAUUGCCUGGCACCCCUUCUACCUCGACCCAACUCUGCCCAACGCUGGCAUCAGCGCCAAAGUCCACCUGGCCAACAAAUUAGGACCAGAGCGCAUGGCUAUGGCCCAAGCACGUCUUACAGCGCUUGGCGAGGCCGAGGACAUCCACUUCACAUUCAACGGCAAGAUUGGAAACACGCGCGAUUCUCAUCGACUCGUCCAGCUGGCUAAGACCAAAUCCAACGAAAUUGAAAACAAGCUCGUUGCCGAGCUCUUCAAGUCGCAGUUUGAAGAAGAUGGUGAUAUCACAUCUCAUGACAUGUUAAUUGCUGCCGGUGAGAAGGCCGGAUUGGAAAACUCUGAGAUCAAGGAUUGGCUGGAAAAUGGGAAGGGCGGCAAUGCUGUUGACCGUGAGGUUGAGAAGGCGUACAGAGCCGGCGUCAGUGGCGUUCCGAACUUCACCAUCAACGGGAAGUACGAGAUAUCGGGCGCUCAAGAUGUGGAGACAUUUAUUGAGGGUUUUGUGCGUGCCAAGAAGUUCUUUCCGGAUGUUAGCGGAGCAUCAUCGGAAGGAUUGACCUGCUAA